AUGCAGAACGGGGGCGGUGGAUGGAGAUUGCAGGGGCCGGAUCCGUGCACGGCAGGGCCUAGGGAGGCGGAUCCGCAGGCGGACGGCGCGGCAGUUAUCGCCGGUGAUGACGAGGAAGGCCGGAGCGUGGUUUUUCGGGCGGAUCCAUGGCGUCGAGGGCUGUUGGGCAGAGAGGAGACAAGGAGCGCGUGGCGGAGUGCCGUGAGGCCGCGGAUGCUGCUGCUACACCCGCACCACCAGCCCAAGUUAUGGUUUCAUGAUAAAAGGAUCAUGCACCAAAUGUUUGUUGAAUUGCUGUUUCAAGAAAAUGUAUGGAGUUUUCAUUGCGUGCUUCAAGUCAUUAACCACGUAGAAUAA